AAAAACCUAUAAAACGAGGCCUCCUCACGCCAAUCUCAACAGUAAAGUUUCAUCUCUACACCAAAAGUCACGAAUAAAAUGUACCUCUGCAGCGUCGUAUUAAUAUUAUUGAGCACCACGUGUUCAAUAUAUGGUCUAGGCGGAAGUGGGGGAGAAGGUAAUGAUUAUACCUAUGGUAGCAAAGCAACAACUGAUACUCUCAUUGCCCGGGAGACUAUAACGAAAUCAAAAAUGUUGCUUCAAACCGUAACUAAAACAUACACAUUAACGCAAGCUGGAACAGCGAAGACAAUAACAUAUAUACAAAUAACGGACCUAAAACGUAUGCGUGGUGCGAGCGCUGAAAUUACGUCCGGUGGAGUUGGUUCCACGACAGUCACAAUAAAAUUUACUUCGGCACGAGGAGCCGGAAUUAAAUCUCAAAUUGAAAUAUGGGGUUCUACGUAAAUAUCUUUAAAAAAAAAUAAAUAAAAAAUAUUUAUGCAAUUUAA